AUGAUCAGUUCUACCCGAGUCUCUAGCCUGUUGAAGAUCCUGGUGGCUUUUGUAAUCUUCAUUUGGUCUCUAUGGUACUUUGAAUUCGCGACGCCGGAUUAUAGGAAAGUUGUUGGACAUUUCAAGAGUGAAAAGGCGGAUCAUCUCGAUCAUUAUCUGCAGCACGAAGUUGGCGCUCCCUUCGAUGGCGAGGCAAUUGCAGCCCUAUGCGCCAAUAGAACAUGGACCAAGGGCCUCAUCUUCCAUUGCGAUGCAGUCCCAGGAGGGAUCGGCGAAGUGAGGAAUGCUCACCUCAAUUGCAUUCGAUUUGCAAUGGAGGCUGGCGCGGAAUUGAUCCUGCCCGAGGUCGUCAAACGCAACGAAAAGGAUAUUUCCAUCACCAUACCCCCUUCGAAAGGGACUCCAAGAAGCAUUCCGCUCGACUACUACUACGACAGACAACACUUGAACCAGACACUUUCACGCUUUUGUCCACAGAUGACACUCAUACAAUCUAUUGAUGAGCUAUACAAUACCCCAAUGGGUAAUCCUGUCACAAUAUCAGUCGCGAAUGUUGGUAUGGACAUGGUGAACGGAUCCAUGAUGAAGUCCCCAGAGACAUGGAGGGAGAAGUAUCAACAAUUUGUUGAUACUAAAUCCGACGCCAAGAUCCGAACCUGGCCAUUUCGAGUUAUUCUUUCUGUAGACACCUACGUCUGGCCUACCGCAUAUGAUUCGCCUGGGUUUGUCAGCAGCUUCGGCCGCAUACUUCGCUUCCGCGAAGACGCAAGGAUUCUGUCUGCAUCGGCGGUUUCUGCCAUGCAGCAGCACGCAUUGAAACCGCAAGAGGGACAACCACCAGAGUAUCAGGGAAUGCAGGGAUUUGUGGGAGUGCAUCUCAGAACCGAGAAGGACAUAUGGAAUACUGAGUUCCCACCAUAUGAGGAGCAAGCAGCAUACUAUUUAGACUUUAUCACCAAGUCGCCCUAUCGGCUCGCUUACUUGGCUACGGGGGACACGACGGGGAAUGUUACUGCUUUCAAAGAAAAGGCGCGCGGCAUGAACGUAACUGUUUUUACAAAGAACGAUCUUCUGGAUCUGCAGGAGCGAGACUAUCUCGCCAGCCUCUCCUGGGAUCAGCAGGCACUGAUAGACUAUGAGGUGCUCCUGAGGGCCGACUUAACGGCCGGCAUCAGCGCGAGCAGUUUCACGUGGAAUGUGGCCCUCCGGAGAGCGGCGGCGGCAGGUUACGUAGGAGGGGAACCGCCAGCGUCGAAUGUUGCCGAGCACGUCCGCUGGUGGGACGGCACGUCGUUGAUCGUGGGUAACGAUGACAAAAACAUGGAUAUGCAAAUGGGCAUAUGGCCCUAA